UGAUGUGAAGCAAUCUGACGGUGGCCUUCAAAAUAAAUUUGAGAACUCCUACCUUUAGUUUUUGUAGCCUCCUAUUUUUUUCGGAAGCAGCUCUAGACUCUUCUGCAGCUGCAGUUAAGAGCUUCGUGGACAUGGCUACCAAAAAUCCACCCUUCAAGAUAAUUCUGGGCUCUUCUUCAAAGGCCCGCAGAGAGAUUCUUUCUGAGAUGGGAUAUGAGUUCACAGUAAUGACUGCAGACAUUGAUGAGAAAUGUAUUAGGAGGGAAAAGCCAGAAGAUUUGGUAAUGGCAUUAGCUGAGGCAAAGGCUGAUGCUAUUGUGCAAAGGCUCCCUACUGGAGGCCCAUUGGAGGAAGAUGCUUCUACAACACUGUUAAUUACUGCAGACACGGUUGUGGUGUAUCGAGGAGUAAUAAGGGAAAAACCAACUAGUGAAAAAGAAGCACGUGAUUUCAUCAAAGGAUAUUCUGGUAGUCAUGCAGCAGUGGUAGGAUCUGUUGUUGUAACUAACCUUGCAACUGGAAAACGUUGUGGGGGCUGGGACAGUGCAGAGGUUUACUUCCUUGAAAUUCCAGAUGAGGUCAUUGAUAAUCUGAUUGACGAGGGGAUUACAUUCAACGUUGCUGGAGGUUUGAUGCUGGAACAUCCACUGACAUUGCCCUUUGUGGACGCAGUAGUUGGGUCAACUGAUACCGUGAUGGGACUUUCCAAAGCUCUUACAGAGAAACUCUUAUUGGAAGCACUAUAACUGUUGCCACAAUGGUACAAUUAUAUUCUGAGAUACUAAGUGCUGGCUAACGGCAAAAACUACUGCAAUUAAAUUCAAAUUUUUGGUUUGACCUAUUCAUGUAAUGCAAAAUACAAACAAGAAUGCCCGAGACUUAACUGAUUAUUUUGUCACAAGCUGAUUUAACUUCAAUGAUUCAUUUCCCAGUCUUGCAUGAAA